AUGGAUGACCAUAUAGGGUCAAAAAGCUAUAUUGUUGAGCUGCGAUGUGAGCCACUUGAGCCUAUUGACGACAACUCCGAAAACCCGACUGCUCCCAAGGAGGAAGAAAGUCAAGUUGUCAACGUCGACCACGACGAUGAUGAUGACCCUCCAUCACCAGGCGGCGAUGAUUCUCCACAAGAAGACGAUGAGGGAGAAGAAGAACAAGAGGAAGAAGAAGAGUCAGGAGCACCAACAGUGAAGUCCAAGAAGAAAAGAAGCAAGAACAAAAAGCAGUCCUGGGCACAGACCAUUGAAGAGGAAGACAUUGCCAAGGAAAUGGACCGUUGCAAUCUCAAGUCAGAUGAACCUCCAUCAGGUGUUUACAAGACGGAAAAUGUCCAAGUGAACUUCCUCUGGAAGACAGGGCCGAAACUGCAGAUCUCGAAAGUGAAAUCGAAAUGCUUCGCCUUGACCGUGAGGAAAAUAAGAAACGACAGAGGAAUGAGAACAACGAGGCGAUGA